CUCCGUCUCGCCGGAGUUCAGUGUUCUGCAUAUUCUCUCUCUAAAGUCUAAACUUCGUCGUUCAACUCUCUCUCUCUGUUACAUUUGUGAGGAGCAAAAGCAGGAAGGAGCUGAAGAAAAUUGCUGUACGCAUCGCACGACGUGAUUUCAAUUGGUUUGGAAUCGACAUUCUAUGGAAUAUGGCGUUAUAGAUAACAGCGGCGUGAUCGAGAAAUUGGAUUUCACAUGUUUGCGGGCUAGGGUUCUGACGCAUAUUUUGCUAAUCGAAAUAAGGGCAGUUACUGAUGAUGAUAAUGCCCAACCAGUAUACACUAGAGUCCCAUUAGGAAGUCGUGUGGCGGGAAACGGAAGAUCAUUUAUAGCCGCAGCCUCAUAUCAAAUGAUGCAAAUCGAUAUGGAAUCCGAAAUCCACAAUCUGGAGCAGAUAGCAUACGGCGCAGUUCUCCGGGCUUUCAAGGCGCAAUCGAAUGCGCUCACAUGGGAGAAAGAAGGUCUGAUAACAGAACUGAGGAAGGAACUAAGAGUCUCAGACGAUGAGCAUCGUGAACUACUUACCGAGGUCAAUGCUGAUGACCUCAUUCGCAGGAUAAGGGAGUGGAGAGAGGCAGGAGGGAGCCACAAUGUGGGCCCCAACGGUGCUAACAAUCAGUUACAGAGCCCAACAGUUUCUGCAUCUCGCAAAAGACCGAAGGCAUCCCUAUCAGGAAAUCCAUUUGGCGCACAGUCUCAGACGGGUCAGCCCGCAAUUGCCCCAGCAAAACCUGUGCAACAUCAGUUCAUAGAUCAUAUUUCUUCUGGGGUUCCUGUGGAUGACCUUUCUGAAAGUGUGCGUGACUCAUUAGUUGGCCGGAGGGUGAUGAUAAGAUGGCCUGCAGACAAUAACUUCUAUGAGGCUCUAAUAACUGAAUACAAUCCAGUGGAUGGCUGCCAUUCUUUGGUUUAUGAUAGCAAUACUCCUAAUGCAACAUUGGAAUGGGUUAAUAUCAAAGAGGUUCCACCGGAGGAUAUCCGGUGGGUGGGUGAUGAUCCUGUAACAUUCCAGUUGGGUGAGAUGGGUGGACCUAACUCUGGAAGAAGGAGAUUGUCCUCAAUGAACCCAUUUGCCAAAGAAAUCAGGCUUCCAGUGAAUGAAGUUAUAAGGGACGAUUAUGAGGAAAUUGAAAUAUUGCAUACUGACACCUUGAUUAAGAAGGUAGAGAAGGUGCUUGAUGCAACCCAUCCUGAUCUAGCAGAGAUUCACAAGGCUAAGAAGAUGCUAAAGGAACACGAACAAACACUGAUUCAAGUGAUCGAGAAGCUUGCGGCUGUAUGUGACAGUGAUGAUGAUCGUCCAUCGGAGCAAGGACUCUCUGGUGGCCAGAUCACCUUAUCUUCAUUAUCGUGAUCCAGGCCAUGAGCCUGGCAUUGAUUUGACUAAAAGUCGAAAUCUGCAGAUUUUUCACCAAAUGUGUUAUUGUUGUCAAUAGAGAUUUUUCGAAGAUGAUACUGUGAGUAGCGAUGUCUGAUGCUUCAUUGAGAUUUUUAGGGCAUUAAGGGCGUGCUUGGAUACAAAUA